UGAAAAACCGGAGGGGGGAGUAUGAAGACAUGUGUUCAGACGUGAGCCCAGAACGCAAAACUUUGGCAGUCACGUACAUUGCACUCAUCAUGUGCUCACGCUGUGUGGACACCGAUUGAAAAUAAUUGAAUGACCGUUUAUUCGAUUUACUGCCGUAGAUUUACAUCACAUUCGGCAAUGACCUCGUAAGGAGUGCUUUUCAACUUACUGUCGCAAACACUUGGCGACUGAGCUUGGAGGUAGCUGGCUAUUUAGCUAGCUCGCUAACGUUAGCGGAGUAAGACCAGGAUUCCGCUCGUUUUAACGGACUUGGGGAAAUGUUCUUUCGCAGGUUGCGGUGAUAAACCGAAACCAUUGACGUAUACCGACCAGCUAAUUAUUUACAGCUUCUGGCUUCCAGCUAGAUAACGGCAGGAGACGCCACCAUAUUCUUUCGGUGUGACAUUAUCAUACCACUUCAAGACCUAAAUGUCGGAUCAUAGCUGGAAUUCAUCUGGCUCAGAAGAGGAUCAGGACCCUGAAUUGGGACAGCCUGUUGAAUUCGGUGGCGUCCUAAGCAAGUGGACCAACUACAUUCAUGGCUGGCAGGACCGGUGGGUGGUACUGAGAAAGAACACCCUCAGCUACUAUAAGUCGGAGCAUGAGCGCGAGUUUGGCUGCCGUGGCUCUCUCUGCCUAAGCAAGGCUGUCAUCACGCCUCACGAGUUUGACGAGUGCCGCUUUGACAUCAGCGUGAACGACAGCGUGUGGUACCUGCGGGCGGAGGACCCGGAGCAUCGGCAGCAGUGGAUCGAGAGCAUCGAGCUGCACAAGGCCGAGUCUGGCUAUGGAUCAGAGUCCAGUCUGCGUCGCCAUGGCUCCACGCUGUCCCUCACUUCGGCGGCCAGCGGUUUCUCCGCCACCUCCACCUCCUCUUUCCAAAAGGGCCACAGUCUACGGGAGAAGCUGGCGGAGAUGGAAACAUUCCGGGACAUUCUGUGCAGGCAGGUGGACACGCUGCAGAGGUACUUUGACAACUGCUCAGACGACGUGUCCAAAGACGUCUUCCAGAGAGACAAAGUGGUAGAGGACGAUGAGGAUGAUUUCCCCAGCACCAAACCAGAUGGAGACUACCUGCUCAACAACAGCAGCAAGGAGAAAUUAUGUUCACAGGGGAACCUUAAGGAGGCGAACGGGAUUGAUUUCAAGGGAGAGGCCAUCACUUUCAAAGCCACUACAGCGGGGAUCCUGUCCACCCUGUCCCACUGCAUCGAGCUGAUGGUGAAGCGGGAGGAGAGCUGGCAGAGGAGACUGGAUAAGGAAAUGGAGAGGAGGAGACGAACAGAGGAUGCCUAUAAGGCAGCUCUGUCCGAGCUGAAGAAAAAGCCGCACUAUGGUGGACCAGACUACGAGGAAGGGCCAAACAGUCUCAUCAACGAGGAGGAAUUUUUCGAUGCUGUAGAAGCUGCCCUGGACAAACAAGACAAGAUAGAGGAGCAGGUAAUGUCUCAGUCCGAGGCAAAGUGUCGCGGUUUGUUGUCAAUUCCGAUGACACCUGGAGACUCCCAUUCCACUAUCAGCACUCAUAGAUACUCAACUAAGCCUCAUAGUCAUGCUUCCUCCCUGUCCUCCGUCGAGCUGGUCAGUGCCUCAGACGAUGUGCACAGGUUCAGCGCACAGGUGGAGGAGAUGGUGCACAAUCACAUGACGUACUCCCUGCAGGAUGCGGGUGGGGACGCCAACUGGCAGCUGGUGAUCGAGGAGGGGGAGAUGAAGGUGAGCAUCGGCCCCCUGAACCCUCCACUGCACAGACAUCACCCCUCCCUCCCUCCUUAACACAGCCACUGGGGA